AUGGCAGCGAGGCUUGUGCUCUUCCUGCUGCUGCUGCUGCUGCUGCGCGGGCCCGCGGCACGCGGUCCCGCGCCCGCAGGCGCCGCCAAGAUGAAGGUGGUGGAGGAGCCCAACACGUUCGGGCUCAACAACCCGUUUCUGCCGCAGACCAGUCGCCUCCAGCCCAAGAGGGAUCCUUCACCCGUGUCUGGGCCUGCACAUCUCCUUAGACUUGCUGGCAAGUGCUUCAGCCUGGUGGAGUCCACGUACAAGUAUGAGUUCUGCCCGUUCCACAAUGUGACCCAGCAUGAGCAGACCUUCCGCUGGAACGCAUACAGCGGGAUCCUUGGAAUCUGGCACGAGUGGGAAAUUGCCAACAACACCUUCAGGGGCAUGUGGAUGAGGGACGGUGACUCCUGCCACUCCCGGAGCCGGCAGAGCAAGGUGGAGCUUACCUGUGGAAAAAGCAACCGACUGGCCCACGUAUUUGAGCCGAGCACCUGUGUCUACGCGCUAACAUUUGAGACUCCCCUUGUCUGCCACCCCCACUCCUUGUUAGUGUACCCGGCCCUGCCCACGGCCCUGCAGCAGAGAUGGGACCAGGUGGAGCAGGACCUGGCUGAUGAGCUGAUCACAUCCCAGGGCUAUGAGAAAUUGCUCAGGACACUUUUUGAGGAUGCUGGCUACUUAAAGACCCCAGAAGAAAGUGAAUCUGCACAGCAGGAAGGAGGUGCUAAGGGCCUGGUGUUUGAGACUUUAGAGAACUGCAAUAAGGCACAUAAAGCACUGUCAAAGGAGAUUAAAAGGCUGAAAAGUGUGCUGACGCAGCAUGGCAUCCCCUACAUGAAGCCUGCAGAAACUUCCAGCUCUGAGCACUUGGGCGCCAGGACACCCACAGACAGGACAGCAGAGCAGCUACGAGGCGACCCAGGACUGCGUGGGAAUACCUUGUGACCUGGGACAGGGCUGGACGACAGACCCAGACUGUGGCGUCCUGUAGCAGGAAGGGGAACCAGGCCGGGACCACGGUGCCGAGGGAGGUCUCGGGCAAGCACACUACAGCCAGAGGAUGCGCUUCCUCUGUGCCUUCCGGGCCAGGUCGCUUGCAGGGUUGUGCUCAAAGAUGUAGACAAAAUAAAGAUUCAGAGUUUUAAUUAA